GCCCGGCUCGCCCGGGCGUUCAGUUGGGAGCAGCCUCCGUACUGUUCGCUUCGCAAGUUAUCAGAUUGACGUACUAGCGGCAUAUUCACGAGAUAGAUAUAGUUAUUUUUUAUAGGUUUGAGCUUUUUGUUAGUCAUAAACGUUCGAGGUUUGUGAGGCAGCCGACGUUACCGUCCCUCCCUUUACCCGUCUAUCUUCUGACCCCGACCUGUUUCCUGCUCGAGGGAUCGCGGACUUCUUAUCGUUUAGUUAUGAGUCAUGUGGCCGUCGAAAAUGUUCACGGUCUAGACCAGCAGUUUGCUGGGCUAGACUUGAAUUCAGCUGACUCUGAAGGUGGUUCUUCAACUAAAGGCCGUUAUAUUCCACCUCACCUAAGAAACAAAGAAGCUGCUAGACAAGGUUAUCCAAGGUGUCAGUAUCCAGCUGUAGAUGUGUAUAAGGGCUACGGUGAUUGGUGGUCCCAAAGGAAUGAUUCAGGAUGGGACUCUGGUCGUGGAGGAAAUGCCUACGCAAACGGGACUAACGAUGACCGAGAAAGUCGUGUGAAUGGAUUUGGCAAUAGGGGCACUGGUCGUACAGAUAAAGGCUUUUAUGACAAAGAGAAUUCUGGGUGGAAUUCCAGUAGAGACAAAGAUGCCUACAGCAGUUUUGGGUCAAGAACUGACCGUGGUGGCAGACCAGGUGUAUUUAAUGAUAGGGGCACUGGGGCACGGAGACCUGAGGAUCGUCGCACAGAUGGUUAUGAUGGCAUGGCAAAUCGGGGUGGAUUUGGUGGUAGAUUCAGCGGUGGCAGCAGUCGUUGGACAGAUGAGAGAAAUGAAGAAGAUGACUGGUCAAAGCCUCUUGCGCCAAAUGAUCGCGUAGAACAAGAACUUUUCUCUGGAAGCAAUACUGGCAUAAACUUCGAGAAGUAUGAUGACAUCCCAGUUGAAGCAACAGGGUCAAACUGUCCUCCACACAUAGAAAGCUUCCACGAUGUCAACAUGGGAGAAAUAAUUAUGGGAAACAUUGCACUCACACGUUACACACGGCCCACUCCAGUACAGAAGCAUGCUAUUCCAAUCGUCAUAGGGAAGCGAGACUUGAUGGCCUGUGCGCAGACUGGAUCUGGCAAAACGGCAGCUUUUUUGCUCCCCAUCUUAAGUCAGAUAUAUACAGAUGGUCCUGGUGACGCCAUGAAGCACUUAAAGGAUAAUGGAAGAUAUGGAAGGCGCAAACAGUUUCCAUUGUCCCUUGUAUUGGCUCCAACAAGAGAACUGGCAGUGCAAAUCUAUGAAGAGGCCAGAAAGUUUGCUUAUAGAUCUAAAGUUCGUCCAUGUGUUGUAUAUGGAGGUGCAGACAUCGGCCAGCAGAUUAGAGACUUAGAAAGAGGUUGUCACUUGCUUGUGGCCACACCCGGCCGUUUAGUUGAUAUGAUGGAACGGGGAAAGAUCGGCUUGGACUAUUGCAAAUAUCUUGUGUUGGAUGAAGCUGAUAGAAUGCUUGACAUGGGAUUUGAGCCUCAAAUUAGACGAAUUGUUGAGCAAGACACUAUGCCUCCCAAAGGUGUUCGUCAGACCAUGAUGUUUAGCGCUACCUUCCCCAAAGAGAUCCAGAUUCUUGCACGAGACUUCUUGGAGGAAUACAUUUUCUUGGCAGUGGGCAGAGUAGGCUCCACAUCUGAAAAUAUUACACAAAAGGUGGUCUGGGUAGAGGAAUUGGAUAAAAGGUCAUUUUUAUUGGACCUUCUCAAUGCAACUGGCAAGGAUUCAUUAACUCUGGUGUUUGUGGAAACUAAAAAGGGUGCAGAUGCCCUUGAGGACUUCCUUUACCAUGAAGGCUAUGCUUGCACAAGUAUCCAUGGAGACAGAUCUCAGAGAGAUCGUGAAGAAGCACUUCAUCAGUUCCGAUCUGGAAAAAGCCCAAUCCUUGUGGCAACAGCCGUGGCAGCAAGAGGUCUUGAUAUUUCAAACGUCAAGCAUGUUAUAAACUUUGACCUGCCCAGUGACAUUGAAGAAUAUGUACACAGAAUAGGUCGUACAGGCCGUGUGGGUAAUCUUGGUCUUGCGACAUCAUUUUUCAAUGAAAAAAACAUUAAUAUAACAAAAGAUUUAUUGGACCUAUUGGUUGAAGCAAAACAAGAGGUGCCAUCUUGGCUGGAGAACAUGGCCUAUGAACAGCAUCACAAGACUAGCACCAGGGGAGGACGGUCAAAGAGUCGGUUUAGUGGUGGAUUUGGUGCAAAAGACUAUAGGCAGAGCAGUAGCACUGGCAGCAGCUUUGGCAGCAGUCGUGGAGGCCGAAGCGGUGGUGGUGGUGGUGGUGGCAGCCGGGGAUUUGGAGGAGGUGGAUACGGUGGCUUCUAUAACAGUGAUGGUUAUGGUGGAAACUAUGGUGGCAGCUCCACGGUUGACUGGUGGGGCAACUAAAGUCUACCACAAAAAUGACUCAACCAAACAAGCUAAUAUGGAAACCACAUGUAACUUUAGCCAGACUACCUUGUGUAGCUUCAAGAACUUGUACAUUACCAGCUGUGAUUCUCCACUGAAUUUUCUUUUCAAGGGAGCUCUGGGCCAUGAAGAAAACAAACAAUAGGAAAAGAGACCUACUCUGAUGGUGUUGGAAGAUUUCAUUGCUGUAGUGUUGGAUUAAUUCCCAAGUCCACCCCUUUUUCCCAACAACUGCAUUUAUUUUUGACUGAGGAUAAAUUUGUUUGUUAAUGUACUGUGCCUUUAACUUUAGACAACUUUUUUAUUUUGAUGUCCUGUUGGCUCAGUAUUGCUCAAGAUCUAAAUUGUUAUGCGAAAAUAAAUUUCUUGAACUUGGGCGAAAUCAAACCUUGGCACGCAGGUGUGAUACCACUCGAAACAGGAAUCGUUUCAUCCACAAGUUUAAUAUUACAAGAAAAAAAAAAACUCGUGCAGUGAGCCUGCAUUAGGGUUUCUGUUAAGUCUGCCUUCUCGAGGCAACAAAACCUUAACGCAUAUCAGAGUGGCUUCUAAUGUGGCAAACUGUACUCAGUUAAGUUCUGAUAUGCUCACUCUAUCCUGGAAAGGUACUUAGAACCUGAAGUCUUUUUUAAUAAGCCAUUCCAGUCACAUAGGUGUAUGUUCGUACACGUGAGGCACUGUUUUUUCAGAGAAUGCAAUACAGCAAUUCCUUAAACAAUGUUUAGGCAGGAGAGUAACUCGUGAGCUUAGCCAGCUAUGGGCCGAACAUUACAGAGAACGUUAAACUAUCUGAGACUUGAAGUAGUUUUUGGAGGUAUCAUCAUUAAAUUAAUUUUUAAGCCUGUCAUGAAGGAAAAGGCAGAAUGGCUGACCACAGCAGUCUGUGGUUCUGUGACAGGCCUGGCUGAUUUUGGUCUAAUAACGCAUGCUAGUGUUGAUGUUUUUUGGUCAAGAGGGAAUGAACAGGAAGAAUUAUGCAGCAGGCUUUAUUUUAAUGCAGAUCCACAUUACUCUGUUCAAGCUGCGUUGAGAGGUUAUAAACAUACUUGGCUUACAGUAGACUUUGUAAAAUGGCUCCAGAAGAGUAAAUUGAAAUCUUAAGAUCUUUGGGGGAACAAAUGUACAUGACUGCACAAGGUAUAAAAUCUGCUAAUGUGUGCAGUAUAGUCAGUUUUAGUUGCAUAGGUUUCCAUUGUAUUUAGUAUGUAUAUGCUAAAUCUGGCCAAAGAGUAAUUCCCACCUUGACACCUCUGCCACUUGAAAUUUAGCUCCGUAGUUGAAUUCAAACAACGUUGGUGGCAUAGGAAUGGCAAAAAAAAAUCUAAGUGCAAUAGAUUUUACAAGUGUUUUGUGCCUUGCUCUAAGUCUUUUUGUAGGUGCACUUGACAGUAUUGAGGUAAUUGUUAUGGUGCUAUUUAAAAUAUAGGUGGCCCUUGUACAUUUUUGCCCAUAACUUUAUACAAAACUUCUUUUAUUGCACAUUCAGAGAAUUUUUAUAUGUCUUGUGUACGUGUCCUUAACCUCAAAUCUUAUUUUUGUCUCUUUGCAAUGGCAAAAACACUGCUUAGAGUCUAGGGCAGGAUUGAGAUUUAUUUGGGACCAUGGGAGUGAUAGAUGGGGAAGCAACUAUUUUGCACACAAUGGAUUUCUAGAUACUUUUUGCUGCUAGUUUUGUGUAAUAUUUAUUGAACAUUUUGACAAAUAUUUAUUUUUGUAAGCCUAAGUGAUUCUUUGAAAGCUUAAAGAAACUUGACCAAAAGACAGUACAAAAACACUGGCACUUGAAUGUUGAAUGUCAACGUAUGCGUGAAAUUAUAUAUUUCGGGGUAGUGUGAGCUUUUAAUGUUAAGUCAUAUUAAACUCUUAAGUCAAAUUAAGCAGACCCAGUAUUGGCUGAGCAGCCAUAACGUUCUGGUGUAAUUGAAAUAUGAUUGGCAAUUUGAAAUUAAACAUGCCAAGGUUUUGAUACACUUGUCUUAAGAUAUUAAUGCAACACUUCAAAACACUGAUGUGAAGUGUCCAGAUUCUCAGAUGUUUGUUGCGUGAGUUUUGUUUAGUUGUGUGGUUAAUUUUUUAUUUUUAUUUCAGUGAAUGUCUGGCACAUUGCAAUCCUCAAACAUGUGGUUUAUCUUUGUCAUACUGAAAAAUCUGUGACUUGUGUCCUCAAUGAUUACAUAUUAGCAAGUAUCUUUGGCAAUACCUUUUUAACAAGAAUAAGGUUUCACUCAUUUAUAUGCAAAGAAUGCAUUUAAACUUGCUAAAUGUCAAGAUUGACCCUCAAGUCGCAUUAGUUUAGAUUUUGCUUAUUGUACUAGUAUAGAUGCUUGGCACUGCAUGUGCUGUGCAUUACUGAUUUUAUUAAAAUAAAAGUUGAAUGGCAAA